CCUGUUCCUUUCAUCCAGUUCGUGAAGUGAAUCUUAGUAGGCCUUAUUUAUUAAGUAAGGCUUACUUGCGAGUAUUGCUAGGUAGCCAGCGGAGGGCCCUGGAUCUAUAUGCACUGGCUUGAACAUAAGGAAUAGUCGUGUCAGUCGUGUGACACUCAGGAUACCAGUUCUGAGUCUGAUUCUUAUUCACAAUUAGCAAAAGUGGUUCCUUUCUUUACAAGUGGGAAAAAAAUUCUGUAGUCCCAUGAAAAUAAGAACGGCUAGUUGUGAAAUUUACGAGUAUUGUUCCUGAAACUAUUGUUUUGUUUGUAUUUUCUUCAGUGUUGUAUUUUCUGUGUCUUCGCUCCUAUCGGCAUUCCACAUGAAGUCAGCCAAUUAUUUGACAGAUCGCCUACCAAAAUAUUGCUUGUGAUUUAACUUCUAUGAUGUGUGCUAAUCCUACAGCCAAACCUUGGUUUCCUCUUUAAGGCAGAAUGACAGUUCGCCCCAAAAACAUUCUGGAGACUGAUAAUUCCUCCAUUUCUCCAUGCUACCACACCUUAUCUGUAGAUGAAUCAACAGCCAACCUGAGCCCACCACAUAAAAGAUUGAGGUUAUCACUCAAAGGGCAGAAAUUCCUUGGUUCCAUAAAUCAUUCCAAGAGAGCUCCAUUUCCUUCUACAAGCAAAGAAAACAUAUCUCAAAAAAUGCAAAAUAUUCGGCCAAAUUUGCUUGACCCCAUGAGUUUACAUGUGUCCUACACUGGAAGUGGAAUGGGCCUCAUAACUCCGCCGUACAGUCGUAUGGAUAUGAAUGGAGAGAUUGAUGUUUACGAGCGCGAAAGACCUCUAAGACUAGAGCCACCUUUAAAUGAAAAACCACCUUUUCUUCCACCUGUAGCAACAUUGCUUAACCUUGGCAACACCUGUUUUUUAAACAGCGUCUUAUAUACACUGAGGUUCACACCAGGGUUUGCACACCUUCUGCAUCACUUAGCUACCGAUUUGACUGAGAAAAAAUUGCUCUCGUCACUAGGAGCCAAUGAGAAAAAAAUGGGAUUUCUUUCAUCUGGCAGUCCUGGUCUGAGAACCAAGUCCCUGUCUUCCUUGGCACCAAGUAUCAUCGAUGAAAACAACGUUCAAAUUAAUCCUGCUAAAAGAAAAACUCUUGUAUUGACUGAACGUUUACACGAACUUCUUCAGACGCUGCACAAUGCCGAACAAAAGGGUGACUUGAACGAACCGUUCCAAGCUGAUGCGUUCUUGCAAGCGUUGCGAGAGGUAAAUCCACUUUUCCAAGGAAAUCAACAGCAAGACGCCCACGAACUUCUCGUUUGUUCUCUAGAUUACUUACGUGAAGCGUGCCAACUAGUCGACAAAGCUCAAAAUAAGUCGCUUGACGAGAACUCCGAAGCCGGCAUGAAUGCUGAGCAAAACAAUACUGACUUAAGCGUUAUUAAAAGAGGUAAACAAAACUCUGAGAAGAAAAAAAAGAGUAAAAAGAUUUUUGCCGAGAAAGAAAAAGAUGUUAAGAAAGGAAAACGGGGAUCUGGCAAUAGUUCCUUUUCCAACAGCCCUAUAAAUUCAGCCGCUGACCAUGACCAACUUCCAAAGGUGGUGGUAGAAGAAACAAACAAUCCCGCAUCAGAAACCCGCGAUUUUAUUUCUGAAAGUUUUGAAGGAGUAACCGUUUUAAGAACUACCUGCUUGGAGUGUGAAUACGUAACGGAAAGAAAGGAAUCUUUUAUGGAUAUAUGUGUUCCCAUUACUAAUGACUGUCCUUCUGGAGAUGAAGUGCCGCAAAGUCCGUCUGCGUUCUUUGCUUCUACAUUAAUGGAGGUGGACUUCUUACGUGACACAAAUAAAUACUGGUGUGAACAAUGCGUUCGUUAUAAUGAAGCCCGUCGCUCAGUUCACUAUGAAAAAUUACCACGUCUUCUAGUACUCCAACUAAAACGCUUUUCCCUGUCGUUCGGAUCAACAGUUCACACGUCGAAGGUUAACGACUAUAUGCCGACUCCUAUGCAGUUGGACUGCUUCUGCGAACAUUGCCAAGCCAUCCCUGAAACACCACUACAUUCUUAUAAACUUUAUGCUAUUAUUAUGCAUUUGGGGGCGACAAUGGCAUCAGGGCAUUAUGUAGCUUAUACCAGGGUAUGCCCCUCUAUAGCUGACUAUGCUUCAUGUCCUCGAGCCAAAGCGAUGCCUAGUUCAUUGUCACCGAAUACUAACAGGCCGAAUGCCGAACGGAAUACUGGCAAUAGUAAUAGCGGGGGAGGUAUAUUGCGAUUUUUUAAGCCCAAAUCUAGCACUGCUCUUAACACAGAAUCGAUCAACAAUUCUGGAGGCGCUGCACCUCUAUCUUUGUGCAAGUCUAUUGACUGCUGCAGUCCCAGGCCACGUAAACUAUUUCCGGAAUAUUCCGAAAAAGAAUGUUCUGGUAGAGAGAGUCCUAUCGGGGCCAGUAACGUGAAUAGCAGUAGCACGGCAGAGGAUGUUUGGCUGGAAUGCGACGAUGAAGUCAUCCGUGUACUACGAAUGCGAGAACUCGAGGAUCUCCUGAGCCGUAAACCACGAACUUCUGCCCUUACACCUUACCUAUUAUUUUACGUUCAAGUGGCUCAUUCUGGAGCCAAUGUUAUGAAGUAGUACUUGGAUGACGUGUACAAGGCGGCAGAUUCAUUAUUGAUUGCAAGCAAAUAUUAACAUUUUUAUACUAGUUCUCUUACUAUGAGUUUUCGCACCCUGCUUUAAAUUAUCUGAUCAAAUGGUGUAAUAAAGUUAUAUUGAAACAAGGAAA